CAUAAUUUACUAAAAUCUGUCUCUAGUCUCUUCUCUUUGCUUUGGUCGUCUCACAAUGAAAGGAGGCAGCCUCACGUUUCUCCUCGUUCUCCUAAUCGCCACCAUCACUUCCGUCCUCUGCUUCAGCGACGGGAUGUUACCGAACGGUGACUUUGAGCUAGGACCAAAACCAUCGGACAUGAAAGGAACACAAGUAAUAAACAAGAAAGCAAUUCCAAGCUGGGAGCUCUCAGGCUUCGUCGAAUACAUAAAGUCUGGUCAAAAACAAGGAGACAUGCUUCUAGUAGUCCCGGCCGGAAAAUUCGCAAUCCGGCUAGGCAACGAGGCAUCGAUCAAACAAAGACUUAACGUUACAAAAGGAAUGUAUUACUCACUCACAUUCAGUGCCGCAAGGACAUGUGCCCAAGACGAACGGCUCAACAUAUCGGUGGCACCUGACUCGGGUGUCAUUCCUAUACAGACGGUGUACAGUAGCAGUGGAUGGGACCUCUACGCUUGGGCGUUUCAGGCCGAGAGUAACGUGGCAGAGAUCGUGAUUCAUAAUCCUGGUGAGGAGGAAGAUCCUGCUUGUGGACCACUUAUUGAUGGUGUCGCAAUCAAAGCUCUAUACCCUCCUCGACCCACCAAUAAGAAUAUAUUGAAAAACGGAGGAUUUGAAGAAGGUCCCUAUGUACUCCCAAACGCAACAACCGGCGUUCUGGUUCCUCCCUUUAUAGAAGAUGACCACUCUCCUUUACCUGCUUGGAUGAUCGAAUCACUCAAAGCCAUCAAAUACGUUGAUGUCGAGCAUUUCUCUGUCCCACAAGGCCGCCGAGCCGUGGAGCUGGUCGCAGGCAAAGAAAGCGCAAUCGCUCAGGUGGCUAGGACCGUUGUGGGAAAGACUUACGUGCUUUCGUUUGCGGUUGGAGAUGCUAACAACGCUUGCCAAGGGUCGAUGAUAGUUGAGGCAUUUGCGGGAAAAGACACUUUAAAGGUACCUUAUGAGUCGCGAGGGAAAGGAGGGUUCAAACGCGCUUCUCUGCGGUUUGUGGCGGUUUCGACCCGCACAAGGGUUAUGUUUUACAGCACGUUUUACUCGAUGAGAAGCGAUGAUUUCUCGUCGCUGUGUGGGCCCGUGAUCGAUGAUGUUAAGCUCCUCAGUGCUCGUAAGCCGUAAGAUGACCAUUGUUUUAAUUUGAAAGUUGUUCGUAUAAGCCAGUGUGUGGUUUUUUUACUAUAUAUGAUUUUCUUAAUCUCUAAUGCUUUUGAAAUGAGAUGAGUAAUACUGAAAGGGUGUUGUGGACUUGUGGUGUAGGGUUUUUAUAUAAGGCAAAAAGGUCUUGCUUAUAUCUAUUUUCUUGUAUGAGAAGGCUGAAGGAAUGUUGUCUUUUUUACUAUCUUUGGUUCUUCUUCUAAAGAGAUCGGGUGAUUAUGAGAAUAAAAGUGUAAUACAUAU